AUGUCAGAAGACAAGAUAGACCGCAAACUAGAGGAAGCCGUCGAGGCCGACACCCAACUCCUCGCCAUCGGUGGAUCGAUAGGCACCGCCCUGUUCAUCAGCAUCGGCAACGGGCUCGCCGCCGGGGGCCCCGGCAGCCUGCUGGUGGCCUACACCCUGUAUGCGCUCGUAAUCGCGUGUAUCAACAACUGCGUAGCGGAGAUGACGGUCCUGCAGCCCGUGUCCGGCGGCUUCAUCCGGCUCGCCGGGAAAUGGGUCGACGACGCCCUGGGGUUCAUGGUGGGCUGGAACUUCUUCUUCUACGAGGCGCUGAUGAUCCCCUACGAGAUCACCGCCAUCAACCUGGUGCUGGGGUAUUGGCGGGACGACAUUCCCGUGGCGGCGGUCUGCGCCGCCUGCAUUGCUCUUUACACCGUGAUCAACUUCCUCGCGGUGCGCGCCUACGGCGAGGCCGAAUUCUGGCUCUCGAGCGGCAAGAUCCUGCUGAUCUUCACCCUCAUCUUCUUCACCUUCAUCACCAUGGUGGGCGGCAACCCGCAGCACGACGCCUACGGCUUCCGGCACUGGCGCCACCCCAGCGCGUUCGCCGAAUACCGCCAUCCCGGAAAGACCGGGCAAUUUGAGGGCUUCCUGGCCGCCCUCUGGUCGGCAGCCUUCACCAUCGUGGGACCGGAGUACAUCUCCAUGUCGGCGGCGGAGGCGCAGCGGCCGCGCACCGUGGUCAAGGCCGCCUUCAAGACCAUCUACUGGCGCUUCGGGCUGUUCUUCGUGCUCGGCGCGACCUGCGUCGGCAUCGUCGUGCCCUGGACGGACCCGACCCUCCAAGCCAUCCUGCACGGCCAGAGCCGCGCCAGCGGGGCCGCCGCCUCGCCGUACGUGAUCGCGAUGGCCAACCUCCAGAUCACGGGGCUCCCGCACCUCGUGAAUGCCCUCCUGAUCACCUCCAUCUUCUCCGCGGGCAACACCCUCACCUACUGCGCCACGCGCUCCCUAUACGGCCUCGCCCUCGAGGGCCGCGCGCCCCGCCUGCUCACCAAGACCCGCAACGGCGUGCCCGUCUACGCCUUCGGCGUCGUCAUCUGCUUUCCCUUCCUCUCCUUCCUCCAGCUGUCCAACAACUCCGCCAGGGUGCUCAACCUGCUCGUCUCGCUCAUGACGGCGGGCGCCUUGAUCGAUUUCUUGGUCAUGUGCAUCACCUACCUGCAAUUCUACCGCGCGUGCCAGGUGCAAGGCCUCGACCGCGCGACCUUGCCGUAUGUCGGGUGGGGCCAGCCGUACUGCGCGUGGGUCGGGCUGGUGGCGAUGGCGUUCGUGCUGCUCGGGUACGGCUAUACGGCGUUCGCGCCGUGGGAUGUGCAGGCCUUCUUUGAGAACUAUACCAUGCAGCUGGUGGCGCCAGUGCUGUUUUUCGGGUGGAAGUGGGCGAAGGGGACUACGCUGCUCCAACCGGAAGAGGUGGAUUUGGUGUGGGAGGCGCCGGCGGUGGAUGCGUAUGAGGCGAGCUUCGAGGGGCCGAUGGCUGGGUUCUGGGAGGAGGUGGUGGGGCAUGAACAUCAAGCUGCAGAGCAAUGA